UUCUCUUCAUUUCACUGUUUCUUCCCCCACCCCCCAACCUCAGAACAUCUAAUGGCGAUCAGAUCCCACAGCUUACACUGUCUCCCUGGUCUUUCUGACUUUCAAUUCCUGACAAACUCACUCCUGAUUGAAGGAACGACUCAUUUCCAUGUGGGUUAAAGGGACGAUGGCCAACCAGGGCCCCAAAUAUGGAUUCAGCCGGCAGGUGCAGCAGAAGAUUGACCAGAAGUACGACAGCGAGUUGGAGGGGCAGCUGGUGGAUUGGAUCAUGCUCCAGUGCAGCACCGAGGGUCCCACGGGACCGCAGCUCCAGCGGCCGCCCCCUGGCAAGGCCGCCUUCCACCAGUGGCUGAAGGACGGCUCAGUCCUAUGCCACCUCAUCAACAGCCUGAACCCGCCAGAGAGGCGCCCCAUCAAAAGGAUCCAAGUUUCUGAACGAGCCUUCACCCAGAUGGAACAGAUCUCCCAGUUCCUCAAGGCCAUGACGGACUAUGGACUCACUGCCACCGAUCUUUUCCAGACCGUGGACUUGUGGGAAGCUAAAAAUUUACCAGCUGUUCAACAGUCUCUGAUGGCGCUGGGAGGGAAAGCGAUCUCCAAGGACGAUGGAUAUUUUCAAGGUGACCCCAGCUGGUUCCCACGGAAAGCUGUGCAGAACCCUCGUGAGUUUACCGAGGAGCAGAUGCGACAGGGUCAGACCAUCAUCGGGUUGCAGAUGGGAUCGAAUCGGGGGGCGUCUCAGGCUGGGAUGACCCCCUCAGGAUUGAGCCGGCAAAUCAUGUAACGCGGGAGGCAGCCAGAAUGAUUGAUUGGCGUGGAAAUGGCUGCUGGGUCCCCACUGGGGCUGUCUGCUUCACUCAAUAAAGUCGCGGCAUGUUCAUGCUG